CGCCCUCGACCUCGUCCCUUUUGGGGUCAAACCCCUCCUAAGGCGGGCUGCAGCCUACGAGGCCCUGGAGAGGUACCAGCUGGCCUAUGUGGACUACAAGACGGUGCUGCAGGUGGACUGCUCCAUCCAGGCUGCGCACGAUGGGGUCAACAGGAUGACUAAAGCCUUGCAGGAGAAGGAUGGCGUGAACUGGCGCCAGAAGCUCCCACCAAUCCCCACGGUUCCUGUUUCUGCCCAGACCCAGACAGGGUGGAGCAUUCCUUCUGCCAGAGCCCCUGGGGCAAACACUCCUCCUGCGACUGCACCGAGGGAAGGACCAGACCAGACGGCUGCUGGCACGGAGAGAGCUCGAACUCUGAAGGAAGAAGGAAAUGAACUUGUAAAGAAAGGAAACCAUAAAAAAGCAGUUGAGAAGUACAGUGAGAGUUUAAAGCUGAACCAGGAGUGUGCAACUUACACCAACAGAGCGCUCUGUUUCCUGACUCUGAAGCAAUACAAGGAAGCAGUACAGGACUGCACAGAAGCUCUGAGGUUAGAUCCUAAAAACGUUAAGGCACUCUACAGACGUGCUCAAGCACUUAAAGAACUGAAGGAUUACAAAUCAAGUAUUGCUGAUAUCAAGAGCUUGUUGAAAACGGAACCAAAGAACACAGCUGCACUGAGGUUGCUGCAAGAACUAAACAGAGCCUAG